CCGUCUCCGUUUAAAUAGCCCUGGUUGUCAAUCAGCCUCCCUCAGCCUGCCUCCCUUCCAUCGCCAUAUUGGGACCUGAAAAGGCUCGUCUGUUUUGCUCCUCUACAGCUCCGGGAUCAGAAUUGACGAGGCGCUUUUCGCGACCGCACCGCAGUUUCGAUGAGCUGCGGACAUCGCCGCCGGCGCAGCUAAGUUGGCGCACAGCAUGCCCGCCCUGGCGCCCGCUCUGGAUCGUGCCUGAACUCGGGGGAUCUACGACGUGCCUUCAGAAUCGUCUGACCGCUCCGUUUCUUCUUCUUCUCCUCUCUGUGUGUGUGUGUCCUGCAUACGGGGAAAAUGUCAAACGUGCGACUGUCGAAUGGCAGCCCUCCGCUGGAGAGGAUGGAUGCGCGACUGUCGGAGAUCUCCAAACCCGCUACCUGCCGGGUGCUGUUCGGGGUGCCGGACCGCCAAGAGUUACAGAGGGAGUUCAGGGGACAUCUGCGGGAUAUGGAAGAGACGUCCCGCGCCAAAUGGAACUUUGAAUUCGCGGCACAUAAGCCGCUCCCACCCGGGCGGUACGAAUGGAAAGCCGUGGAUGCUAAAGAUGUGCCAGGCUUCUACAGCAGACCGCACCGAACGCCCGAUGGCACCGUGGAUCUAAACGGAAACCACAGCUGUGCGGUGGUGGGGGGGUCCUCCGGUGCGGAGACCCCCGGGUACAGGCGCUCUGACGGGAGAACGGAGGGCUCGGAGAGUCCGGGGUUCAACAGGGACCAGUCCGCGGUGCAGAGGAAAAGAGCAGCGAGCGACGAGUCCUCGUGUCAGAAUAAAAGGUCCAAAACGGGUUCGGAUGAAGGCAGCAGUCAGUCGAACUCGGAUCGCUCCAGUCCGACCGAACACACACCCAGGAAACGCAGUCCAAAAGAAGCGCAGUGAACUCUGAGAGCUGAAGGUGUGAACCACGUUUGUCAUACUUCAGUGCUUGAGGAGGUGAAGCGAAAAGAGGAAGGAAGGAACGAACGAACGAACGAACGAACGAACUCAGACGCGCGCGCCCGCGAGAGCCCUCCCGGGGACGACGGGGGACACGCGCGUGCACGCAAGCACUGAACACAAACACUAAUGUCUGGCACUCGGAAAGUAACUGCCUCGAUAGCAGUAAAUGUAGCAGUGUGCAAUUAGGUUCUGCUCCUUUUUUGCUCCUUUUUUUUUUUUUUUUUUUGUUACUACCUGUGUAUAUAUUUUCUUUACAUAUGUAGCACAUAAACAUUUUUAUCAUUAAGGUUUCUUUUCCUUUAAACAAAACGGUGUGAAAUAAAUUUGACUUGAAGAGUUGCAGUGUAGUUCUCCAAAGGGGGAGGGGGGGGGGGGUGUUUUCCAGGGUGUGGAAUCCUCUUCUUGAUUGUCAUCUGCAUGAAUGAUGAAAACGAUGCAAAUAAAUGUGCAGGUCAGGGGUGUGGAAUGUUCCCGGCUAAAAGUUGUGUUGGUUGUUCAAGUGAAGUACUUUUACACUUAAAUCUUUUUUUUUUUUUUUUUUUUCCUCUUUCUUAAGGCCAAUCAAAGGAGAGGGAAAAAAAGAAGUAAUUAGCCUUGAGACUGACUCGUGUUCAUUGAAACCUAAGGUAAUUAGGCCAGCAAUGUGUAUUUAUGAGAAACUCACUCAAAUACAUCUAUGAUUUUGAUUGUUUUGCUUGAUAAGGCAUUUUAGCUUGUUUAAAAAAAGAAAUUGAAGCAUAGUCCCCCCCCCAAAUCCAAUCAUUGGCACCUUACAAAAAAUUCAAGGGGUUACGAUUUCUUUAGGGGAGAAAAUAAGAGCAUGAAGUUGAAAAAUUAGUAUUUUGAUACUCAGUUUGGUUUUUUGGGAGUUGGUUGUUGUAACUAUUAUUAAUUCUUCCAAAUUUUUAGUUUUCAUAUUUAUUUGCUAUUAAAGGCAGAUUAUUCUCUUAUUUAAUUGAAGUUAAAGCAUAUGGUCAGAAUUUACAGUAUUAAUUGUACAUCAGCCAAUGGUUUGCUGUCAAAAAAUGUCUAUUUAUACUUAAUGUUAAAAUUAAA